AUGUACCAGUUCGAAGAUAUAGUUUGGGAUGAAUAUUUCCAGAGUGAUGAUCAUAUAGUGCCCCAUCCAGGUGACAAACAGGCCAAAGAAGUUUCCUUUCAGGUUGAUAGCUGUAAGGAACCUCGGUGUGAAGUAACUGGUAUUUUAAGAAGUUAUGGAGAUAAAUCAUCUGCUAAGCACAUAGGUCAGGAGAAAGAACAAGAAGAAAUUUCAACUUUGAUUAAUAGAAGGAACACUAUGUUAGAGAAGGAUUCAUGGUCUCGGACACCCCACGGAGCAUUCCUUUCUCCAACUGUUCGUGAUACAAUCAAAGAAGCUUCAAGUUUAGCAUCUGACAAUACCAGAAUAUCAAGUCAUGGCUUCAACAGUAAUAAUAUAGAUUCCAAUGGUAGUAAAGUUUGUGCAAAUGAUCCUAUUCUUAAUGACAAAUGCACUGCAGUUGACAGCAACUCCUUUAGUUAUCCACUCGGUGACAUUUCUCAAACAGAUGAUGAUCUCAAUUUCUUUGACAAAAAUCAUGAAGAUGAAGAUUCUUCCGAUCUCUUACGUUACGAUUGGACUGAAAUAGGAAAUUUUGAGGACAUUGACAGGAUGCUUAGGAGUUGCGAUUCAACAUUUGGACUUGGGGUGGAUAAAGAAGAUGAAUUAGGUUGGUUUUCAUCAGAUGAUGUUAUAGGAGGAUCCGGAGAUGUGCUGAAGUCAGAUUUUAAGUUUUCCUGUCCCAAGUCGAAGGCAAUCGAAAAUAUUUCAGAAAUGGUAGAUGGAAGCUCUUCUACUAAUGAUACUGCAUCCAUUCGGUGCUCAGAGAAAGAUGAAUCUGUUUCUCGUAUGUCCUUUGUGAAUGGAUCCACUAGAUCUAACAGAAAAGAUGAGGUUGUGUCCAUAAAAGAGGAAAUAGAACAAAAUGGUAACAAUCAACCCAAGAUUUCAACUAAUAACCACUACAAAACUGGCAGUAACAGAAUGUACACUUCGCAGGUCAAUGAGCAUAAAAAGCAGUCAAAGCAACAAAACCAGUCUCAGAGGAAAAGAAAAGAACAAUGCACAGGAAAUGUUUGUUUUAAUUAUGUUAGCAAUCUUCCAAGUGAAGUUAGGCAUCUUCCUUCUGGGGCCACCUCUCAUGGAACUUUCCAAUCUAUGGCUAUUCAACAUCCACAGAAGGCUCUGAUUCCUGAAUCCUGUGAUUACCUACAGAAUGCUUUUCCUUAUGUGCAUUCAGAUAGCAGUAGUUUAUCAGAUAAAACUUCAGUACAUACAAACAACUUGGCCUUCCUUUCACCAAGGGAGCCAUCCUAUGCCUCCAGUCAAGUGCAAUUUGUGGAGAAUUCCCGUGAUCCUUCAUUUCAGGUGGCUACUAUAGCGGGCAGUGAAAAACGAGAGAAACUAGAUAGUCAUCAAGGUAGCCAGUCCUCCAUACUCGAUCCCGUUUCAAUAGAAAAGAAAGAUCACCGCUCUGGAGAUAAAUUUGAAAAUUACAGUGAUGUUGAUGGAGUCAGCAUGGUGAUUCCAGCAGAAUUAUGCUCGUCCAAUAUACAAGAGAGUUUAUCCAUGAAUUCAUCUUUGGAUGAUAUUUCAAUUGAAGCAGCUAGUUUCCAACAGCUUCAGCUUGUCAUGGAACAGUUGGACAUGAGGACAAAAUUAUGCAUACGGGAUAGUUUAUAUCGUUUGGCUAGGAAUGCAGAACAAAGACAUAACCAUCCAAACCCAAAUGGUGGCUGCAAAGAUGAGAGAGAUGCAAGUGGAGAAUUCAUUGCAGCAAGAUCAAACAAGUUCACUAGAUAUAUGGAUAUGGAAACUGAUACAAAUCCUGUAGAUCGCUCUAUUGCCCAUCUACUGUUUCACAGGCCUUCAGACUCUGCUUCGACACCUGUCAAUGACUCAUCUGCUUUCAGGUCAUCUAGCAUGGUUCAUAGACCUAUCACUAGCAUGCCAGUAAUGGAUGAGAAAUCGAUCAAUAAUGAAGAAACUGCUGCUGAAACAGAGAAAAUUGUUGCUUGA